ACAUUUGGUGCUAGAACAGCAGGCAAGUACUUCUCUUGAUCAUAUCUGGAAAGAUAACACGUCAACUCACACGUCACCAGGUCCCACAUCACAUCUGUCACCACAUAAUGGUCAUGCUAGUUCCACAGAGACAAUAGUUUCGCUUGCACAUAAGAGUGAACCAGAUGUCUACCACACCUCACCGGUACAUCCCUUCCCUUCCAGUCGCUCGUCACCUACUUUGGAUAAGGUUGAGAGGAUGUUUACAAAGGGGCGGGAGUCUUUAAGCAUUCUCACAAGUGCUGCUAUUCCCAGCAGUAUGAAGCCAAAACAGGAAACUCACGUUGAUUUCCGGCCUCAUCGCACAGAGUUGGCAGAGUCCAGCGCUUAUCAGUCAUCUCUUUCAGUACCCCAAGUGCGACAACGGCGAGGAUCCGAAUACCGAGUAAUGUCGCAUCAACUAUCCGCGUUUGGGGAUGCAGAGACAGCCUCAACUUCUAAUGUUUCCUUCCUGACAACUGAAACGCGGCAGUUCUCUCCUGUGCGAGCCAGGUCCCCCUUCUCCACUGGUACAGACACGAGUGCCAACUCACCUUUGGUUUCAUCUCCACGCUCCCUCUCCUCUCAAUCUGGUUAUUCGCCGUCAACAGUAGCCAUAUCUUCUAAUUCAUCAAGCACACAUCACGCAUCUUCAUUGCCUCAUUUACGCCCCAUAUCCCCGAUCGAGAUGCCACUUCUGCCUUCGCUGCAGAAACGAGCAAGUAAUGACCAGCAAUCAUUCAUCGAUUUUUUCCCGCCUUCUUUGCCAGUUCUCCAGCAUGUUCAAGACGACCCAUCUAUUAUAUCCAGUCGCCGUCCAUCUUCAACGCCUAUAUUAUCUUCAAGCAUCUAUUCUAGUCCUUCUUGUAAUUCAUCUUUGAACGACCUUCCUAGCAUGGUUUUUGCCCCGGCCAGUCCUACUUUUGCCGCCAAUGAAGGACCCGGUUCCCCACGACACUCGCGACGGAGCUCUUCGGCAUCCUCAUACUCAGAUGUUUCGGCAAUGAUAUUUGCUCCCACAAGCCCUACUUCUGGUCCAUAUUUGUCACCUAUUUCCUAUCGUCCCGGUUCACCAUGUUCUUCUGCGACCUCGCUUCCAACGCCCGAGUUUGUACCUCCCAGUCCUGCAUUCCUUGAUACCACAGAUACCUUGAAACCACCCAUUCCAACUACUGCGAAGCCUCUGUUCGAAAGAAGGGAUCGUAAAUCCCGUUUCCAGAAACGUUCUAUUUCGACUUCUCCUCAGCCACCCCUUCGUCUCAAAGUACCUCUACCACCGACGACCAACACACUUGACGCCAAUGAGCGAGCUGAUCUCAUACGGAGAAACCGCAAGUUGGCGCAACUGUUAGGACAAACCCCGGCUGUUGAAACGGCUGCGUCAGAAGUAGAAGAAUCACGUUCAUUCAAGAUGCGACCACAGCCCCCCUUCUCUGCUUUGCUGGGGUCAUCGAAGCAGAAGCAUCAUCGUCAUGCGAUGUCUGUAUCUGUUGCCGUAAAGGCUCCCGGCUUCAAAUCGGAACCGACAUCGUCAUGGCAAGUCGUAGACUACCCAUCAACACAAAGCGGUCGCAGAUAUUCCACUCCCUACACUCCACGUAGCUUUACCUUCUACCUGGAUGAUUCACCGGAGCCACCGGCCACUCACGAUCAUCACGGCUCGUACCGCCAUUGGGAUCCGCAGCAUCAAUAUGGUUCUCAAACUUCUUUCAUUGAUCUUUCAGACGAAGAUAAUUCAAAUGAUGCUUCGGAUGCGAUCAGUUUAGACAUGCCGGACACGGCAAACAGUCGCCGAAUCUUCCAUCAUUCAUCCUCGACACCAUCUGUAGUGGAGACGUUUACGCCCGUGGAACAAGCCGAAGCCGAGAGAAGAAGAAAGCGUGACAAACUGGCUAAACUCCACCGUUUUCUCGGCUCGCGCGUCCCUACGGACUUGGUCAUUGGUCAUAUAGCUGGUCCGUCUUUACCUCCAUCGUCGAUGCCUGUGGACGGCCGCGACAUGUGGCUUUACAGGCGAAGAAGUGGUUCAUCUGCCCUAUCGUUUGAACGUGUCAAGGCUGAGCUCGAUGAUGAAGAGAAGGCUGUGAAUGUCAGACGUGCUCAGAAAAUGGAAAAACUUUUCGGGAUCCCCCCUCCGCAAACGUUGUACCAUACUCGCCAAGCUCCUGCAACAGUGGCCCGCUCUCAACCGGCAUCCCCUGUAGCGUCGCUUAUGACCCCGACUUACGUGUCCGCCCAUACUUCUGGUCUCUCUCGGCGUAAUCCAAACCAGACCGCGUACAUGAAAGGGAAGAAAGUGCAUCGCCCAGGAACUUCGGAUUCGACUACGUUCCUACUACCCUUCAAGAGUGCUAGCUCUCCAGAGCCCGGUCAGACGUCUGGCUAUGCGGAUACGCUUGCACAAUCUUCUGUGUACAUGAACUAUCAACAUUCUAUCGCGUCGCUGACAGACAUAAUUGACCGAGAUGACAGGGCGUCUCUUGCGGAGCUUCAUCGGUUCCUCCACGGCGAUCUAGUGGAAUCUCCAACUGAGGAACAGCCCUUGCUAGAAUCUCAUAGGAUUUCCGGCUCCUCAUAUUCGUUCAAGUCGGAGCGUAGACUUUCGUUACCAACGCGGACAUCCAUGGCGUCGUCGAUAACCACCGAUUUACCCAUGUCAUCGCCCCAGGAGUCAUCUGACUUCCAAUUGCGCAGGCGACGAGCUGCCAAAUUAACGCAUUUCUUCGGCGUGGAUUAUCGUGAGCUUAUUCAUGAUAUUCUAGAAAGCAUCGAGAAGGGCGUAGAAGAGGAAAGGAAGAGAGGGACACUUCGGCCCGAGGAAGUUGAAUCUCUGCUGCAUAAGCUUCAUCACCUUCGGACAAGACAGGAUGGAUUUUUAUGAUGAUGAUGAUCAGUACUAUAUUACUAUUACACUCUUUAACUUGUCUCAAAUGUUAUCUCGCUUUGUCGUGUUUCA